UGGGCCCCACAGCAAACGGGUUGCGGGUAGCGGGAGCCAGCUCCAGACCGGUAAUGAAGCCCAUUUCAGCCUCAUUCCUUUCCCGUGGCGGAGGCAGCCUUCCUUCCCCAGGCCUGGCUGGAGGUGGAGGCAGGCCCAAGGUUAGGGGGUCAGCUCGCGCACCUAGAGCCAGGAGACAGACAAAUUCUGGAGGAAAGUUGCAGCCACGCUCCCCCUCCCCUGCUUUUCUCCUCGACUCUCCACCCAGCUCCGGGUGAUCCGGCGGAGGUGGGGGUUGGGGGAACUGGCCUUGUGUUUUGGAACAGCUGCAGCCGACGCUGGGCCCGCCUGGAAUGCGGGAACAGGCUGCGCACCAGGACUUUUAUGGAAACUUGCUGCUGGAGACGGCGGCGGCGGCGGCAGCGGCUGCCAGAGGACUCCCAGCGGCUGGAGCAGAAGUGUAACGGCCAGAGCUCCCAGACCCUUACCCACAGCCAGGCAGGACGCGCAGAGUCCCUUCGCGCGAAAAGAAGGACCUUCGCGGGUCACCGGCUCCUGGAGGGUGAAAAUAUUUACAGAGUUUCAUGAUCAGCCCAAGACCACAUAGAGCAAACAUGAAUGAUAUUUCCCAAAAGGCUGAGAUUCUGCUUUCUUCAUCUAAACCUGUCCCAAAAACCUAUGUACCAAAACUUGGCAAGGGUGAUGUAAAGGAUAAGUUUGAAGCCAUGCAGAGAGCCAGGGAAGAAAGAAAUCAAAGGAGAUCUAGAGACGAAAAGCAAAGAAGAAAAGAACAAUAUAUUAGAGAGAGAGAAUGGAACAGGAGAAAGCAGGAGAUUAAAGAAAUGCUUGCUUCUGAUGAUGAGGAAGAUGUAUCUUCUAAAGUAGAAAAGGCUUAUGUUCCAAAAUUAACAGGAACUGUUAAGGGUAGAUUUGCUGAAAUGGAGAAACAAAGACAAGAGGAACAAAGGAAGAGAACGGAGGAGGAACGAAAACGCAGAAUUGAGCAGGAUAUGUUAGAAAAGAGGAAAAUACAGCGUGAAUUAGCAAAAAGGGCUGAGCAGAUUGAGGACAUAAACAAUACGGGAACUGAAUCAGCAUCAGAGGAAGGAGAUGAUUCACUACUUAUAACUGUGGUACCUGUUAAAUCAUAUAAAACAUCUGGAAAAAUGAAAAAGAAUUUUGAGGAUCUAGAAAAAGAACGUGAAGAGAAAGAAAGGAUCAAGUAUGAGGCAGAUAAAAGAGUAAGAUAUGAUGAACAACGACGAUCUCUCAAGGAAGCAAAGUGUCUUUCAUUAGUUAUGGAUGAUGAAAUAGAAAGUGAAGCAAAAAAAGAAUCACUUUCUCCUGGAAAAUUGAAACUAACUUUUGAAGAACUGGAGCGACAAAGACAAGAAAACCGAAAGAAGCAAGCUGAAGAGGAAGCAAGGAAACGUUUAGAAGAAGAGAGGCGUGCUUUUGAAGAAGCAAGGCAGCAAAUGGUAAAUGAAGAAGAGGAAAACCAAGACACAGCAAAAUUUUUUAAAGGGUACCGCCCUGGUAAACUCAAACUCAGUUUUGAAGAAAUAGAAAGGCAAAGAAGAGAAGAUGAAAAAAGGAAAGCAGAAGAAGAAGCCAGAAGGAGAAUAGAGGAAGAAAAGAAGGCAUUUGCUGAAGCAAGGAGAAACAUGGUAGUAGAUGAUGACUCCCCAGAGAUGUAUAAGACAAUCUCUCAAGAAUCUCUUACACCGGGAAAACUGGAAAUUAAUUUUGAAGAAUUAUUAAAACAAAAAAUGGAAGAAGAAAAACGACGAACAGAGGAAGAACGGAAGCAUAAGCUAGAAAUGGAGAAACAAGAAUUUGAACAACUGAGACAGGAAAUGGGAGAGGAAGAGGAAGAAAAUGAAACAUUUGGAUUGAGCAGAGAAUAUGAAGAACUGAUCAAAUUAAAAAGGAGUGGCUCUAUUCAAGCUAAAAACCUAAAAAGCAAGUUUGAAAAAAUUGGACAGUUGUCUGAAAAAGAAAUACAGAAAAAAAUAGAAGAAGAGCGAGCAAGAAGGAGAGCAAUUGACCUUGAAAUUAAAGAGCGAGAAGCAGAAAAUUUUCAUGAGGAAGAUGAUGUUGAUGUUAGGCCUGCAAGAAAAAGCGAGGCUCCAUUUACUCACAAAGUGAAUAUGAAAGCUAGAUUUGAACAAAUGGCUAAGGCAAGAGAAGAAGAAGAACAAAGAAGAAUUGAAGAACAAAAGUUACUACGCAUGCAGUUUGAACAAAGGGAAAUUGAUGCAGCACUACAAAAGAAAAGAGAAGAGGAGGAGGAGGAAGAAGGUAGCAUCAUGAAUGGCUCCACUACUGAAGAUGAAGAGCAAACCAGAUCAGGGGCUCCAUGGUUCAAGAAGCCUCUUAAAAACACGUCAGUUGUAGACAGUGAGCCAGUCAGAUUUACUGUUAAAGUAACAGGAGAACCCAAACCAGAAAUUACAUGGUGGUUUGAAGGAGAAAUAUUGCAGGAUGGAGAAGAUUAUCAAUAUAUUGAAAGGGGAGAAACUUACUGCCUUUACUUACCAGAAACUUUCCCAGAAGAUGGAGGAGAGUAUAUGUGUAAAGCAGUCAACAAUAAAGGAUCUGCAGCUAGUACCUGUAUUCUUACCAUUGAAAGUAAGAAUUAAUCACUUUUUAUCUUUUAUUCUAUUAUUUUUUUUUUUUUCCUUAAAAUCACUUUUCUUCUCUUUUUUAGCUGAUGACUACUAGCUCCCCUUCCCUCUCCUUGGAACUUUCUCUUUCACUUCAGCUUUCUUACUACAUCCAUCUUUUCUGUGGUGGGGCCAAAAGAGGAAACCAGGAGUGCCACUAUGUUGACUUCUUAUUCCUUUUUGUAACAGUCUUCAAAACACAGCUCAUCUAAAGAAUGCCUUCUUCUUUUCCAAAUAAGCAUCAGAUUUAUCGCCUAUUAUGCAGUAACAGUCAAUAAAAUGUACUUACGGGAGGGGGGGAAUUAAUUAUUCUGUCAGAACCUAUUAUAAAGGCUGUGUAUUUCCCAUAGACGUUUACAGCAACUAUGUUAAAAACACACACACACACCCCUAAGUAGAAUACAUUAUUUUGCAUGAAGGAAUGGCAUUUCUGAGCUUUUUACACCUAAAAUUAGGCUGAAAUAGCUGAGAUAAUUAAUUUGGAACCUAUCAAUUUGAGUGGACUUUUUCUUUAGUAGUAUACCAUUUUGGUGGUGGUUUCAAAGUCUUUCUGAAGCAGAUAUAUUGGGAUUGGAGCGGGGUGGGGAAAAGUGUCACUCCUUUUAGAGGAAAAGGGGAGGAGCAUGGAGAAAAACAAAAAUUAAAGGACUUUUAAGAAAGACUGCCUAUACAGUGUUGAGUGUUUAGGAUAUUAAACAUGUUAUUUUUCGAACGUAAUAUAUAAUUAAAUUUAUAAAGCAAAUUUAUGUGAUCUUGCCUGAGCAAAUAAUAUUUUAAUAAAAAAAUUUUGUAUUAAUAGUUCACCGAAGAGAAAACACUUUCAACAUAGCUGAAGGUUUCAAGAUCUAAGUGUAUCAGACUUAGGGAAAAAGUGGAACAACCUUCAAUUUAAAAUUCUAGUCUUUAAAAUGAGUUUGUAAAUAAUUAGCUAUUAUGUUCUAUUAAGUUGUUUUAUAUUUUAAUUUUCUGGAAGACAAUUUUAUUUUACAAUGUGAACCCAAAUAAAGUAACUUCUGUAUUUAAAA